GGCCCUCUUACUUCUUGAGCCAACUGAGCUACUACUAAAUUCACACCGGUUACUGCAGGCGACAAUGGAGGACUUUGAGGAAGAAAUCGAGUCUGUGCUGUACAUCGCCAGGGAAAUCUCAGUGUACAAGAUUCCACCUCUCAGAGUCAACGAAGGCCAUCGGGCGAAUGAUUGGGGGGAUCUCGCGAAUCCACUCUGGAAGGGUAGACUGCGUAUCAUAGAAACGAAGAAGAAUGCGACAUUGAAAUUUGAAGACAGUCAGACCGGCGUAGUAUUUGCACAGGCCCAGUACGACCCUUUGAAACCGUCGGUGGAAGCGGUCCUCGAUUCAUCUCGUUACUUCAUAGUUAGGGUCGAAGACGCGGGAAAGAAAGCAUACAUCGGGAUGGGUUUUGCGGAGCGCACAGAUAGUUUCGACUUCAAUGUGGCAUUGCAAGAUUACACCAAGCGAUACAAAGCAGCCUUAAAUCCACCAAGCCCAACAUCGGAAACACCGUCGCCUCACGUAUCCCUGGGGCCGAAACGGGAUUACUCGUUGAAAGAGGGACAGACUUUUUCGAUAUCCAUCCCUGGCAAGAGCCGAAAACACGGCACCGGUACCAAUCUUUUGUCGUCGGGUUCCACGAUGUCCGGGAACGGUGGUGGUAUCCCACUGCUACCGCCCCCGCCUAGUGGACGACAGAAGUGAUGCCGAGGGGUCAGAACAAUCUCGGUUGUUUUGUGUUCAAUGAAUGGCAUACUCCCAAGCACACAUAGACUGUAUAACAAUUGAGUUAUGGUUGCCUUGUCAGCAAUCAACAGUCAACGUCAAAUCUACGUUCAGAGUGUGGCCGACUGCCAUGGCCUAGUGCUAUUGGGUGAACUCGGUCGGGAUAUUUCAAAAUAUCCUCGUGGCAGGUUUGCAGGCGUUGGACCAAGUGUGUCUCGCUGACAAAGCUAUUCCCACACUUUGUCAUACUAGUCUUCGUCAUUCCUGUUAUUAAUAGACCUACGC